AGCACUCGCCACCCGCAACCGCACGCCGUCCCUGGCGCUUCUUCCCCAACCUCCCCCCCCCGCUGGGCGCCGAGAGCACAUGCGACCAGGCCGCGCGCCGUUCCAGAAUCCUCCAUCUCGCCCGCUCCUCGCUGGUGCCCCGGCGGCUCUCGCUGCACUGUACCAGCGCUCUCUGCCCCAUCUCGCCCUCGCCCGGCCCCUCGUCUGCUUCUCGCCGUCGUCUCGCUCCGAGCCUCGGCCGUCCCCGUCCUUUUGAGGGUUCCCCCUUCCUUUUUUUGCACCCUUUCCUCUGUCUUGCCUCGUCCCUGCCUUCGCCGUCUCUGCCGUCUUGCCUGCCGAUUCCGUCUAUCCACCAUGGCCACCUCAAAGUCCGCCACCUACGACUACCUCAUCAAGCUCCUGCUGAUUGGUGACUCUGGCGUCGGCAAAUCCUGUCUUCUCCUUCGCUUCUCGGACGACUCGUUCACGCCCUCGUUUAUCACCACCAUCGGUAUCGACUUCAAGAUCCGUACCAUCGACCUGGACGGAAAGCGAAUCAAGCUGCAGAUCUGGGAUACCGCCGGCCAGGAGCGCUUCCGCACUAUCACCACCGCCUACUACCGCGGUGCCAUGGGUAUCUUGUUGACCUACGAUGUCACCGACGAGCGAUCCUUCAACAACAUCCGAAACUGGAUUCGCAACAUCGAGCAGCACGCCAGUGAAGGCGUCAACAAGAUCCUGAUCGGCAACAAGUGCGAUAUGCUGGAGAAGAAGGUUAUCAGCAAAGAGCAGGGCCAGGCCCUCGCCGACGAAUACGGCAUCCGAUUCAUCGAGACCAGCGCCAAGUCCAACAUUGGCGUCGAGGAGGCCUUCUUCAGCUUGGCCCGCGACAUCAAGAAGCGUCUCAUCGACAACGACGAGCGCAAGGACAAGCCCGCUGCCAAUGCCACCGUAAAUCUCAACAAGCCAGGAGCCCAGACCCCCACUUGCUCUGCAUGUGGCAUCUAAUCGCAUUGCCAUCGCUACUCUCCACCGUCUACCUAUCCGCCCCCACACACUCUGUCUAUAUAGGAGCAAGUGCGUCAGAAAAUCAACGUAAAUAUACACUCCACACCCACCCAC